AUUACAUCAUCACUGUCGUGGCAAUAGCUGUCUUGCUCAUUCUAUUGUGUCUCGUGGUCUUCCUGCAAAGAAUGAUCAAAUACAGACGAAUGAAACGAGCGAGAGAGAUGGAAGUGGAGGAAAUGGGACGCGUGUGGACAAUCGACGGAUCAGAGUUGAGGCUGAUCGAACGCAUCGACGGAGAGACGCCGGGAAGUUAUGGAAACGUUUAUCGAGCGCGAUAUCGGGACAUGAACGUGGCCGUGAAGAAACUAAAGAUGGUGAUGCGAGCAGGCAGACAGGAGAGAGAAUUCGAACGCGAGAUCUUAUUGAUGCGUUCCAUUCGUCACGCCAACAUCGUGUUGUUUGUCGGUGCAGGAAGAUUUGCAGCAGACGAAUGUCCUUUCUUGGUGUUGGAGUUUAUGCAGCGGGGUGCUCUCAGUGCUAUUCUUCACGAUGAGUCGAUUUAUCUUGAUUACAUGCGACAGAUCACAUUCUGUUUAGAUGCAGCGAAAGGAAUGGAGUUUCUUCACAGUCUUCAACCUCCACGAAUCCAUCGUGAUUUGAAGAGUAGUAAUCUGUUAGUGAGCGAAGAAUGGACAGUAAAAGUAGCCGAUUUUGGUGCAGCCAGGCUAGUCAAGGCUCAAAGAGCUAGACAAACGGUAGCACGACGUCGCGCUAAUGCCUUUGAAGCAGAAGAUCUUAUGACGCCACUUCUCCAACCACACAGCGAUCUGUCACGUAAUGCAGGUGCCGUUUUGUGGAGAGCACCGGAGAUAUUUUUAGAGGAAGCGUACGGGACAUCAGCAGACGUGUACAGUUAUGGUAUCGUAAUGUGGGAAAUUAUUUCUCGUCGUGUUCCAUACGAAGACCGAGAGUUCGAGUUUAUUGAAGACGUGAAGGAUACCGUCUUGUCUGGAGUUCGACCGACUCUUCCACAGAUUGACGCUCGAGCUAAUUACGUCGAUCUGAUGCGUCGAUGCUGGUCGGGUAAUCCUGACGAGAGACCAUCAUUUAGCGAAAUCGUCGCUCGUUUACAGCAGGUACGCUUUGCAGAAUCUGGAAGAGAUGAGGACGUGGAGAUGGAUGAAAGCAGCUAGGGUAUGAUGUCUACAAAUUGCAGUUAGGACUUCGUCGACUGAUUUUUGUAGAAGUAGCUUAUUAUACUUAUUGAAUAAUAUUAUGAUAAUCUAGGAAAUGUUUGAUUUCGUCAGAUUACUUAUGGAUUACGUGCCAUACAUAGUACGUCGUGGAAUGAGGAAAUUUAGCAACGGUUGGAUGAUAUUUACUUACUGUACUUUGAUUUCAAUACAAGUAGAAAGUUAAGCUAUAGAUUACGAUCGACAAAUUAA